AUGCGUAUCUUUGCUGGCCUGAUCGGUCUUGAGUCGCUGCUGGAGUCCCCUGGCGAUCGGCGAUCCCUUCGUCUCGCCUCUUUGGGCUGUCCGGCCUUCCCAACCUGCGCUUCUCCGUUUGACCGUUGCUCUGACCACCAACGCCACCUCUCCAGCCGCUUCAUCAUCAACAUACCAGAAGAGGAGCUCAAGUCUGUCGAGCGUAUCUGCUUCCAGAUCGAACAGGCGCACUGGUUCUACGAGGACUUUGUCCGUGAAGAGAAUCCAAAGCUCCCAUCGUACUCCCUCAAGAACUUUUCCUCGAGGUUCUUCCAAUACUGUCCGCUGCUGCACGAAUGGGCUCACGACCACGAAACCGCCUUUGCCAACUUCAUCGAGUACAAGGUCAGGGUGCCCGUCUGCGGCGCCAUCAUCCUCAACACCAAGAUGGAUAAGGUCCUCCUCGUCAAGGGAUGGAAAGCCGGAUCCGGAUGGGGUUUCCCCAAGGGCAAGAUCAACAAGGAUGAGCCUCUGACUUCCUGCGCCGUCCGAGAGGUCAUGGAGGAAACAGGGUUUGACAUCUCAGCGUUCUUGAAAGAGUCCGACUACGUUGAACGGACGAUGAAGGAGCAGCGGAUUCGGCUGUACAUCAUCACCGGUAUUCCCGAAAACACAGUGUUUGAGACACAGACCCGGAAAGAGAUCGGGGAUAUCAAAUGGCACCCCCUCAAUUCGCUUUCGGGCUGGAGCAAGGAUCCCGAGGGCUUCCAGAGCGACGCAAUAGGAUCCAUCAGCAAGCACAAGUUUUACAUGGUCACCGCUUUUGUGGGU